AGGAGCGUUUUCAGAGGUGGUGCUGGCCCAGGAGAAGCUGAACGGCCGGAUGUUUGCGGUGAAGUGCAUCCCGAAAAAGGCCCUGAAGGGGAAGGAGAGCAGCAUCGAGAACGAGAUCGCCGUGCUGAGGAAGAUCAAGCAUGAAAACAUUGUGGCGCUUGAGGACAUCUAUGAGAGUCCGGACCACCUCUACCUGAUAAUGCAGCUGGUGUCCGGUGGUGAGCUGUUUGACCGAAUUGUUGAAAAAGGUUUCUACACAGAGAAGGAUGCGAGCACGCUGAUCCGGCAAGUCCUGGACGCUGUGAACUACCUGCACAGGAUGGGGAUUGUACACAGAGACCUGAAGCCAGAGAAUCUGCUGUAUUUCAACCCACAAGACGAGUCAAAGAUAAUGAUCAGCGACUUCGGUCUUUCCAAGAUGGAGGGCAGUGGUGAUGUCAUGUCCACUGCCUGUGGCACGCCAGGAUAUGUGGCUCCAGAGGUUCUUGCCCAGAAGCCGUACAGUAAGGCAGUGGACUGCUGGUCCAUCGGAGUCAUCGCCUACAUCCUGCUGUGUGGUUACCCGCCGUUCUACGACGAGAACGACUCCAAACUCUUUGAACAGAUCCUGAAAGCCGACUACGAGUUUGACGCGCCGUACUGGGACGACAUAUCGGACUCAGCCAAGGACUUCAUCGGCAGCCUGAUGGAAAAAGAUCCAGCCAAGCGUUUCACCUGCGACCUGGCUCUCAGACACCCCUGGAUCUCCGGGGAUACAGCACUCUGCAAGAACAUCCAUGAGUCAGUCAGUCGUCAGAUCAAGAAGAACUUUGCCAAGAGCAAAUGGAGGCAAGCAUUCAAUGCCACCGCCGUGGUCCGGCACAUGAGGCGGCUGCAGCUUGGCAGCAGCAUGGGGAGCAGCAUGGACCAGUCCAACCCGCCGACCAGGACGAGCCAGGCCCAGAAACCCGCCCCGAGCCAGAGCCCGGCGGGCCAGAUCCAGCCUGCUCAGAGCCAAAGCAGCGGCCAGGCGGCACAAGGCCCGGGCACCAACGUGGCCGCCAACAAAACCUCUGCCAUUGACAACGACAUAGCAGCUCCUCGCAAAGAAUGUGUAACUGCACCAGCCACACCCUGCAGUCUGGCAUCUGCAGCGUCUUCUCCCGCCGCCGCCGGCGCCGAGCUGAACCGGCCACAUCCCUCAGCAGGUCCGGCCCCGGUGCUCACAGAGACCAAGUGACGCCAGGUCCCGCGGGGGACCAGCUGGGAGGCCACAGCGCUGUGAGGCAGAAAGAGAGGGAAAGAGCCGGAGGACGACAGGAGAAGAAGAGGCUCCUCCUCUUUCUUCUUCUUCCUCUUACCUCCCUCUCCUCACUGCGUUCCUGUUCGGAUGUGCCGCCCCAACCAGUUCCUCGCCCUGCUCCAGGGAGAGCAGAGGACAUUACCUCCGCCCAAACGUUUCAGGCCAUGCAGGGCCACGCUGUACACCCUCCUCCCACCGAGAGGGCGCCGCUUAGAAUGCCACGACACGGCCACAGAGGAUGUUCGAAUGCCUGGCUGUGUUGGGAUGCAGGCGAGACGUGGGUGUCGACUUCAGCCUGUUCGAGAAGAAGUUGAUGGUUCCCAGUUGGGCCGGGGGUGAAAUAUUAUUUAAUGUCAGUAAACAUCAACUUCCCUCCUUAAUCUGGUCUGUCCUGCGCCACUGUAUUUAGCUUUUUCCUAACUAGGUUUGACUGUUGGCAACUGGAUUGAUUUCUUUUUUAUUAUUCUCAAUGUUCAUUUUUGAAGGUGGUAUGUGUAACUUUAAAAAAAAGGGUUAUCAUCGUCACAGAAGAAAUGCUAUUUUGGUACAAUCACUGUCAAAAAAAACAACACUAUGGCCAAGAGGGUUAGUGUUCUCUGAUUAUCAUGUGUACUAGCAUUGAAUCAAGACUCCAAUCUCCAUGACCCCUUCAUUUCUCCACCGCUUAACCACUGAAGUUAUGGCUCUUUUUUUGCUCUAGAAGAACAGCGCCACCUUCCUGUGAAGUGCCAUAAAACAAUCAAGCAGAAUCCCUCCAAAUCCAAUCUGUUGA